AUCAGCUGGGUUGUUGGUUGUGUGUGUUGUUCAGGACCUUAAAUAGUAAAAAACUGAUGCUGAAUUUUCUGUUUUGGUUGAAUUAUUAGUAAAUAGUAAAUUUAUUUUUAUGAAAUCUAAUUUUAGCCAUCUCAUUUUUGUCAGUAAUUUAUAUCUGAACAUAUUGCAUUUUUGUUGAUUUGGUUUUACAUGACAUUUGAGGUUAUAAAUAAGGAAUCCAGUUAUGCUAGAGCAUAAAUCUUCUGUGUAUUUUUUAUGUUUGAUAUUAGUCGUGUACAGUUUUGCUGAAGAUAAAGACAAAAAUAAAUUACAAAAUAAUAAUGAAAUAUCUGAAGAUGAUGAUACUGAAAACCGGGCCGAGAUUGGACCCCAUUCAGCUAUAACUAUUGUGGAAGCUCCAGAUUUAUCCAAGGAAGGCCCAUUAGGUGAAUCUAAAGAAGAUGACGAUGGCAUAACCAAUAUAAUAAAUGAAAAAACCCUCUCAGCAUUUGAAAUGCUCUCUGCAAUACCUGGGGAAGCAUGGGUACAAAAGUUCCUAUCACAAGUAGAGACUGAUAGUGAUUAUAACAGCGAAGAUUUGGAUGAAACAGAUAUGGAUAUUGAAGAAAAUGAAGAGUCUCAAGUUGAAUUGACAGCUCAAGAAAUAGAAGCAAUAGAGUUGUACGACCAAGGCAUGCAGAAGUUGAACGGAACUGUCAAGUCCGGCAGCAAAGCUGAAGGAUACAAACUGCUUGUUCGAGCAGCUGACAUGGGCCAUAAGGACGCCAGAGUUAUGGUCGCCUGGGCUCAGUUGCUAGGUUCUUAUCUACCACUCAAUAUAGAAAUGGCCAAGAAGACCUUUGAAGAUCUAGCCGAGAUAGGUGUUGCAGACGGACAUAUGGCUCUGGGGUUCAUGUAUGCUGCAGGUAUAUCAGUGAACGCUAGCCAGGCCCGGGCCUUGGUCCACUACACGUUUGGCGCCAUUGGUGGCAAUGUGUGGGCUCAGAUGGCACUGGGCUACAGGUACUGGUCUGGUAUCAAUGUUCCCAACAGCUGCGAGAAAGCACUUGACUUUUACAGAAAAGUCGCAAACAAAGUGGCUAGUGAAGUGACACUAUCUGGAGGACCCAUUGUUCAGAGAGUUCGGCUAUUGGAGGAAGUGGAGAAUCCUGGAUACAACUCGGGCAUUCUGGAUAAUGAUCUCAUUGAGUAUUAUCAGCUUCUUGCUGAGAAAGGAGACGUUCAAGCUCAGGUAGGUCUUGGCCAGCUGCACUACCAAGGUGGUCGCGGAGUUCCUCAAGACCCACAAAAAGCAUUGCAUUACUUCAUGCAAGCAGCAGACGCAGGAAAUCCAAUAGCAAUGGCAUUCUUGGGCAAGAUCUAUCUAGAAGGGAGUGAAGCAGUCAAGCAAGACAAUGAGACAGCAUUCAAGUUCUUCAAGAAGGCAGCAGACAUAGGCAACCCAGUGGGCCAGAGUGGCCUGGGCCUCAUGUAUCUUCAUGGCAAGGGUGUGGAGAGGGACUACCAGAAGGCUUGGAAGUUCUUCUCUGCAGCAGCAGAACAGGGCUGGGUUGAUGGCCAGCUACAACUCGGCAUCAUGUACUUCAAUGGCCUAGGAACUCGAAGAGACUACAAGCUGGCUAAUAAAUACUUCAACCAAGCGUCCCAGUCUGGUCAUGUACUAGCCUUCUACAACCUGGCUCAAAUGCAUGCCACAGGCACAGGCAUGAUGAGGUCUUGUACCACGGCAGUAGAGCUGUACAAGAACGUAGCAGAGAGGGGCAAGUGGGGGGAGAAGUUGAUGGAGGCUCACCAGCACUACCGAGAGUUGAGAUACAACGAGGCGUACGUGACAUACUCUCUGCUAGCUGAACUGGGAUAUGAGGUGGCUCAGAGCAAUGCUGCCUUCAUGUUGGAUAGAGGAGAAGUGUCUCUGUGGCAGAGUGAGCAGGAGCUGUAUGUGAGAGCGCUGCAGUACUGGGGCAGAGCAGCAGCACAGGGCUACUCUCCAGCUCAGGUCAAACUAGGUGACUACCACUACUACGGGCUGGGGACUACAGUAGACUACGAGAUGGCCGCCAUGCACUACAGACUGGCCUCCGAGCAGCAUCACAACGCACAGGCCACGUUCAACCUGGGCUACAUGCACGAGCAAGGGCUCGGCAUGCAGCAGGACAUGCAUUUGGCCAAGAGAUGUUACGACCAGGCUGCUGAGACCAGUGUGGAUGCCAAGGUUCCAGUGGCUCUCGCUCUACUCAAACUGUCUUUCAUGUUCAGCUUCAAAUACUUCCAAGAGAGUCAUUGGUACGACUGGCUAGGACUCCUGGACCUAGACAACUCCCUGGGUCCCAACUGGGACUUCUACCUACUGACUGCUCUACUGGGCAUGUUGGGCAUCAUCAUGCAUUUCCGCAGACCUCAACACUAGCACUCACCACAAUCUGUGAUGUUUACAUUUGUAUGA